AAUGCGCUGUGUAAAAACUCUUAAAAAUGUUUUAUACUUUAGUAAUAUUUUAAUCAUUGACAAUUUCGUUCAUUGACAUACCAAAAAAAUGUAUUUAAUCUAGAUGGCAUUUCAAAAUUCUUCACGUUAAAUCUAUCUGUGCAUUUUGGUCAAAAUAUUUCAAAUUAUUGCGUAGAAAAUCUCAUAAUAAAUGGAAAACAAAAGUCGUUUGAACAUGAAAAAAGAUAGAGGCGACCAAAUAAAAAAAAAUGUCAAACCUAAAGCUGUACCGAAAAUAGAUGCGGAAGCAACAAAAGAUUUCGUCAAAGACAGAGGAGAUUCUGUACCUAAAACAGUCGGGGAGAAAUUCAAUCCUAGAGAAACAAAACACAAUGAUUUAAAUAAUCAUUUAGUCAAAAAAUCUGUAGAUUUUGUGGCCGUUAGAGGUGUACCAAAAUACACAAAAAAUAUUCUCAAAAAUGUUCAACACAGUGAAGCCAUAAGUUUAGAUAAGUCUGUUUCUAAUGAUCGUAAACAGAAUGAGCCAGAAGGUUUAUAUAGAUGUGCUCAGAAGCAGAUUAAGCCAAAAGGUUUAGAUCUGUCUGUUCCGAAAAUUACUAAACGGAAUGAGCCAAAAAGUUCAGAAAAAUCUGGUCCCAAUGAUACUAUUAAGCCGAUUAAGCCAAAAGAUUUAGAUAAAUCAGCUGCCAAUAAUAUUAAACUGAAUGAACCAAAAAGCUUAGAUAAAUGUGCCCCUGGAAAAGGUAAUUCUUUGCUUAUACCGCUGAAUACCAAAUCAAUAAAAAGUAAAAAUUUGGUAGAGAAAUAUGGUCCAGUUGAAUCUGUAAAUACUAAACAUAAUGAGAUAUUAAGUAGAAGAUCUAAGAAAUUACAUCCUAUUAGUUUGGUGACUGAUAAAGGUGAUUCGAAAACGGUAAAAGAUAAAAAACUUAAAUCAACUAAACAUGAUGAAGUACAAAACAUGGAUGAAUCAAAGAAUAUUGUUUACGUUGCUAAGAAGAACGUCGUUAAAACUGAAAAACAUGUGUCUCGUUUAUUAGAUGUCGAUGAGAAGAAGCGAAUAAGGGAGAAAUAUACAUUUAAACCCAACGCUAAAGCUAAAAAUAAUAAAAUUGAUGUCAAUAGUAACUUGGAGGAUUCACCAGUUGAAGAUAAUAACGAUAUUUUUGAAAAGCGUAAAAACGUAACAGAUAGAAAAGAAAAGUUGAACGAUAAUGCUUAUUUCGAUAGCACUAAAAUUGAUAGAGCUUCCAACUCCACAGAAAAAUCACGAAAACGUCCAAUCAUAACGACUAUUGUGGCAAAGAACGAUGCCACCAAAGUAUAUAAAGCCGUGUCAUUUGCUAAACAAAAGCGAGAAUUAAGUGAUAAGGUUUUGAUCAAACACAUCAAUAUAAAUAUACCGAAUGAUGCGCUGGCAGAAUAUCCAAAAAUACCAGCGUUACCAAAGCCGACUUAUGAAGAUAACUUGAAAGAAAAUAUGAAAAACCCUAAAAAAUCUCAAAAUAAUGACAAAAACUUGAUAAAAAAUAUGAAAACCCCAAAUAUUUCUCAGGUUAACGACGAAAACUUACUGAGAAAUAUGAAAAAGCUAAUGACUCAUCUAAGUAGUGCGGGUAGCUUGGUGAAUAACACGAAAACAACAAAUGUUUUAGACAGCAAUAAUCCGAACUUGACGAAAAACCCAAAAAUAUCAACUGAUACUUUACUCGGAACUUCUAAAAUAACAAAACUGUUACAGUGUGAAGCUAUCGGCAUGAAAAAAUUUGCGAAAGCGCCAAAGAUCAUACAGAACAAUAACUCUGUUAGCAGGACAAGUGUGAGAACGAAAAUAAGUAAGAAGGAUAAAAGGAAACGUUUGAAGUGUAAACUGUCUCGAUUUUCGUUAAGUCCAGAAAGCGCAUCGCCGGAAACGGAAGUAGCAAAAUGGGCGCCAAAUUCCAUAGACGAACACACAAAACCGUACUAUGAGGCGUGGGUCACUCCAACGUUGUCGGCCGUCUCUAGGGACCCCAAAAAGGACAAGCUAUAUCACGAGAAUCAAAAGCUCAUCAAAACUUUAAAAAAACUGAUGGAGAGAGAGUCCGAAAGCUACGAAUUAAUUCACGAAAACUAUAUGGAUGCACGCUUUACGGGGAAGAUUAAAAUUAAUCAUAGACAAUAA